CACUAACUUCUGUUGAGCGCAGGCAAUGGCAUCAAACAGAAAGGAGUGGAUCAUUUGUGUUUAACGGUUCUGUGUAUCUCAACUGACACAUUAGAGUGUAAAAGUAAAUCAAGAUGAUGCAUAGAAGAGGAGGUAAGCGUAUCCGGAUGGACGAUCCAGUACCACCGGAAUAUGAGACUCCAAUGACACCGAUGACACCGAUGAAUGACAACUCGGGUGGAGAUGCAACUGAUUCUUACAGCGGGUACACACCGUACAAUCAGGCAUCUCAAACUCCACUACAUAAUCCGACCCCGGAACAUUAUUCUUCAGAGAGUUAUAGUUCACCUGGGACGUCUCAACAGCAAUAUCAGGAGCAGUCAGGAAAUUUCGACAAUCAGACACAGUUUGAGGCUCCUAUGACACCUGCCACUCCUAACAUGAGGAUCACAAGAAACACACGUGCCAGAAUGCGUGGAGGCGUGGUACAGCAACCCAAAUACAAAGAAAUCGAUACCGAUUAUCUUCCAUCGUCUAGUGGCAAAGGCAAAGGCAGUGGUGGGAGAGGAGGAGGACGCGGCAAAAGGACACAUCACUCGCACAGUCUGGAAGAUGAAGCUAGUCUUUACUAUGUUAUUAGAAACAAUCGGUCUUCGCUCACUACUAUUGUUGAUGACUGGAUAGAAAAGUACAAAAGUAACAGGGAAAAUGCGUUACUUAUGUUGAUGCAGUUUUUUAUAAAUGCAAGUGGUUGUAAGGGUCGUAUUACUUCCGAGAUGCAGCUUACCAUGGAACAUGUAGCGAUAAUUCGUAAGAUGACUGAAGAAUUCGAUGAGGAAAGUGGUGAAUAUCCGCUGAUAAUGACGGGACAACAAUGGAAGAAGUUUCGUGCGAAUUUUUGCGAGUUUGUGCAAAUUCUCGUCCGCCAAUGUCAAUAUUCUAUCAUUUAUGAUCAGUUUUUAAUGGAUAACGUUAUUUCUUUGUUAACUGGACUCUCAGAUUCACAAGUUAGAGCGUUUAGGCAUACCGCAACACUUGCAGCUAUGAAAUUAAUGACAGCCUUGGUAGACGUUGCUUUGACUGUCUCUAUAAAUUUGGAUAACACACAACGACAAUACGAAGCUGAGAGACAGAAAGCCCGAGAAAAAAGGGCAGCGGAUAGAUUGGAGUCUUUAAUGGCGAAACGAAAGGAAUUGGAAGAGAAUAUGGACGAAAUUAAGAAUAUGCUUACCUACAUGUUCAAGUCAGUCUUCGUUCAUAGAUACCGGGACACGUUACCGGAGAUACGCGCAAUUUGUAUGGCAGAAAUCGGAGUCUGGAUGAAGAAGUUCCAUCAGAAUUUCUUAGAUGAUUCCUAUUUGAAAUAUAUAGGUUGGACGUUGCACGACAAAGUUGGGGAAGUUAGGCUCAAGUGUUUGCAGGCAUUGCAGCCGUUGUAUGCUUCAGAAGAGUUAAAAACGAAGCUCGAGCUCUUCACAAGUAAAUUCAAGGACAGAAUCGUCGCAAUGACGCUCGACAAGGAGUACGAUGUGGCGGUGCAGGCUGUGAAACUGGUUAUUUCCAUCCUUAAGCACCACCGAGAGAUCCUCACCGAUAAAGAUUGCGAGCACGUUUACGAGCUCGUUUAUUCGUCUCAUCGCGCGGUCGCGCAAGCGGCUGGGGAAUUUCUGAACGAACGCUUGUUCCGCCCGGACGACGAAGCCGUGGCGGGUGUGAAGACCAGACGCGGCAAGAAGCGGCUGCCAAAUACACCCCUUAUACGCGAUCUGGUUUUGUUCUUCAUCGAGUCCGAGCUGCACGAGCACGGAGCGUACUUGGUUGACUCUCUGAUCGAGACUAAUCAAAUGAUGAAGGACUGGGAAUGCAUGACGGAUCUUUUGCUGGAGGAGGCCGGCCCCGAGGAGGAGGCGCUCGACAAUCAGAAGGAAACGUCCCUCAUCGAGUUGAUGGUUUGCUGCAUCAAACAAGCCGCUACGGGCGAGGCGCCGGUCGGUCGCGGGCCCACUCGAAAGAUUUUGUCGGUGAAGGAACUGAAGCAAGUUCAGGAUGACAAGCAAAGACUGACGGAACAUUUCAUUCAAACGUUACCGCUCCUGUUGGACAAGUACAGGGCUGACCCGGAAAAAUUGGCCAAUUUACUGGCGAUCCCGCAAUAUUUUGACUUGGAUAUUUAUACGAAAUCCAGACAAGAGAUAAACCUGGAUUCUUUAUUAAGUAAAGUUCACACAAUCGUCGAAAAGAUGCAUGACACUGAAGUGCUGGACACUGCGGCCAAGACUUUGGAACACAUGUGUGUGGAAGGCCAUGCUAUCUUCACCAGAUGCGACGUCGCUCGGUCUACGUUGAUCGAUUCUAUUGUAAAUAAGUAUAAAGAAGCGAUUGACGAAUACCGGAACUUGAUAGAGGGAAAUGAAGUGCCAGACGAAGAUGAGACAUUCAAUGUCAUUCAGUCACUCAAGAAAGUCUCCAUAUUUUAUUCUUGUCACAAUAUGAAUCCAUGGGGUAUCUGGGACUCUCUGUACAAAGACAUAGAAGAUGCGAAGGAUCCGUCGAAAUGCUUACCGUUCGACGCAGUCAAGUAUUGCAUAAGUGCUUGUUUCUUCGCGAUCUUGUGGGGUCAGAAUCACUUGAUGGAGGCCGUAGAUUCUGGCAAUCGCGGCGAAGAUGAAUGUCGACAGCUGAAGGAACGGUUACACGCAUUUAUGGGCUCGAUGCGCCAUUUCGUUAGCGGUGACAGUAGCAGCCUGCCGUCACCGCCGAUAUUGAGGGAAGAAGCGUACAACACGAUAUGCGAUCUGUUGGUGGUAUUUUGCAAUCAGCUGACUACGCACACCAAUCAUCUGAUGCAUCAGUUGGUGUACGAACCCGACCAAGCGAUGCAGAACAUGCUUAACAGGUUUAUACAAGAAUACGUCUUCUUUGAAGAGGAGGACGAUGAACACGACGAACACUCCAAAAUCGAAGAGUUGCAUAAGCGGAGGAAUUUCUUAGCGGGCUACUGCAAGCUAAUCGUCUACAACAUGAUUCCCACGAAAGCCGCGGCCGACGUAUUCAAGCAUUACGUUAAAUACUACAACGACUACGGUGACAUCAUUAAAACCACGUUGGGGAAGGCGAGAGACAUCAACAAGACGAACUGCGCGCUAACGAUGCAGCAGAGUCUGAACAUCCUGUACAACGAUAUAGUGUCUGAGAAAGGCAAAGUGAACCGAAACAGCGAAGAAUUCACCGCAAUUAGAGAACUCGCAAAGCGAUUUGCUUUAUCCUUCGGUUUAGAUGCCGUGAAAAAUCGCGAAGCGAUCACGGCUCUGCACCGUUCGGGUGUGCUAUUUGCGAUUACUCCGCCAGACGGUAUCGAACAGGACCCCACCGGCCCGCCGCCGAAUCUGCCGUUCCUCGAGAUAUUGUCCGAAUUCACGAACAAACUCCUCAAACAGGACAAACGUGUCGUUCUCAACUUUCUGGACCGACGACUGCAAGCUGGAAUGCCGUCUUCGCGAGGGGAAGACUGGCAACCUUUGCUUUUGUACAGAAACAGCUUGCUGCACGGCGAGACUGAUCAAGUCCCGGUGACGAGUAAACGAGCUUACACGAGGCGCAAGAAGGAUCAGUUGGCCGAGGAAGAAGAAGCGGAUGAACCUGAUGAGGGUUCUGAUCAUGAAUUUUCAGGCAAACACAAAAAAAAGCGUGCUCAACGAAAAAAUCAAUUACCGGUUAAUAAAGUGGUGAUAACGCGUGGGCCCAGAACGAAUACUUUCUAUGAAAAUAACGAUGCCGCUCAAAUACAAACGUCACCUACUGCGACCAUAGAAGAUACAUCGACGAGUCCGUCGCAAGAUAUCGAUAGUAAACUUAAAACACUACAAAUACAAACAAGACCACGAAGAAAUCAGGAGCACGUAGAGCGCAGAGAAUUGCGGAGAACUUCCAGAAACUCAGGCAGAUACAUUGAGGGGCAAUAUAUGGAGUCUGAUUCCGAAUAAGGAGAUAUGUAAUCCCUAAAAGCUUUACUUAUCCCUAAAUUUAGACAAUUGGAUUGUGAUACGUGUUCAAAGCAACUAUGCCAUCUCUCUGAGAAUUACGGAAAAAUAUAUUUAAAAAUAUAUUUAAGUUAUGUGGCAUAGAAAAGCUUUCGGAGCGAGUAUUAAUAAAUUAUAAUAGACCAUCGUUAUGUUUCUUUUUACAAAAGUAGUCACAUAAGUAAAAUUAUUAGUUAUUCCGUGGAAUUCA